GGAUGCUUCGAGAUGCGAGACAUUCAUAUUUCUACAUCUACGCAGGAUGUAUAUGAUAUUCAACAGAGUACGUAAACUACGAAGCUCGGACAUCGACAUUUUACAGUGCGCUGAAACAGUCACGAGACCAGAUUCUGAGGAUCAACUAUUUCCAAAUACUCAUCGGGUCACGGAAGCUGUAAAAUGCUGAAAUGGACCUACUGAGCUUUGCUGGGGUUAUCCCCAUGAGAGUUCCAUACAUGUACCUACUGCCGCUUGUGUCCUGUCGUUCAUAUAAUUACUUUCAGAUGUUCGUUUCUCUAGGGACAUUUCCGUUGAUACAACGGGUGAAAUUUUUCAAGUCAUUCAAAACUCGAUUAAAACUACUGAUGAACGGAUACAUUUUCUUCCUAGUCCAUACCUUGUGGCAUUGCACCAGCCACAAUCUAACAGUCAACAGUUUCUGAAAUUUGACGGCUCGCGAGACGGCCGAUAACUUAUUGCACCUUAUUCAGCACUUGCUCAAUGGGAAAACACAAUAAACCGUCGACUCAAAGAACUCGUCAGGCGCGCCUGGCAAGCGCCUCAUAUCACAACUAGUCCCAUGAGAUUGUCAG